AUGUCCCCAUUCCAUCCCCCACUUCUCUUGACCAGGGUCUCCAAGCAAUGGAGAACAGUGGCAGAAGCAACGCCCACACUUUGGUCCCGUCUUUCGUUCAAAUUGGUCGUUAGCUUCUAUGGCCAAAGCGUCGAAAUCGACAAACUCGAGGCCCAAAGAGCUGCGAUUAUCCGCUGGCUCACAUUGGCUGCUGGUAGCGAGGUCUCGAUAUCCAUAUCGAUUAUCGACAAUAGUCGUGACCUGAUUGUGCCACAGCGGCACGUAGCGGACCAGCUUGUCGAUCAACUUUGUGAAAGCCACUUCACGAAUCAAUGGGCGCAGCUUUCCAUCGCAGCGGAACUGGGCGAGCCAUAUCGGUCCAAACUGCUUUCCAUCCCCAAGGACAGCCUCCGGUCAUUGAAGAAACUCGAAUACGCUCCUUCGCAGUACAGUGCCACACCAGGCCGAAAGUUGCUGGGUGAAAGCAGUUUAAUCGCUCUCCCGACGCUCACCUCGCUCGCCCUCGAGAGCUUGUACGGCGACACACCGUUGCAAGACCUCCCAAUCAACUGGGAAAACAUUACCGAAAUCGAUCUGCGACUGGAGAAAGGGGACGACCUUGGGUGGGGCCCCGGAUCCGUCGAUUAUCUCCACUCCAAAUGCCCCAAGCUCCAAGCCCUGUCGUUUCAUUUUGGACCGAGUCGCCUCGCAAUGUACCAUCCCUCCGGGGAUCUAACACCAAAGAGGUUCUCGAACCUUACAGACCUCCGCAUCGAAACUGCGCACAACACGGUCGGACCGACGAUCUGCUCCGAGUGGAUGGCUACCCUCUUCGUUCCAUCCCUCGUCCGUUUCGCGUAUCACAACACCAACAUGGGGCCCGAUCCGGAGAGUCCCAUCCUCCCUUUCCUCAGGGCGAAUACAGACAACCUGGGAAACCUCAAAGAGGUCGAGUUGAGCGGACUGUUGCAGAAUCAGCUGGAACUCCUCCAGUUUCUGGAGAUUCUAGGCGGGAGUGGGACCCGUGUCGAACGAUUAAAGUUCAGCUGGGCUGAGCCUGCAAACAGUUAUCUGUCCCAACGCCCUGUACUUCUGACCGACUCGAUCCUGGAGAAGCUCACACCCUCACCGUCCGAAGAGGAAGGAGGAACAGCCAUUAGACAAUGCCUCUUUCCUGGGCUGAAGUACCUGGACUGUGGACUGGUCCUCCCAUACUGCGGUGAAUUCACAGCGGAGGAUUUGAUGCGCUUCUUGGAAGGACGGUUUUGGGCGAGCGGGAAAGGGGCAGUGGCAAAGUUGGAGUAUGUGGGUGUCGAUUUUUAUCCCGAAGAGACGAAGGGCCCACUUUCUGGAUGGAGGAGUAGGUUUGAAGAUCUGGGGCUUCAUAUCGACAAGGACUUUCGUUUCGAGUUACGGUAG